CUUGUCGCUGUGCCAACACCUGUAAAGGUGGUUGUUAACUCCGUUUGAUUUUUAGACUUCUUUUUUUGGGAGGAGGAAGUCCGGACGAAAGUUUUGUUAGAUGCGAUUCAUUUAACAAAGCAACACCACGGAAUUUACGCCAUGUUAGUGACCAGGUGGGCAGUGGUCCGUCGCCCAAUGCCGCAGUCGCUCGCGUUUUUUUUUGUGCUCGAGUCUCUUUUCAUUAUCAACCGACGACGGAAGUGUUAAACUCUUGUCCCGCCAACGCUUGUUUUAUCACGAAACAGUCCAACAUCUAAUAAGGAAAUUAUGUUUUCCGUUUUGCUCAGCCAUAUUCCGCUUCUUCUGCUCAUCAGUCCUUUAUUUAUCACUUACGUAAAUAGUCGACCACAACAGUUUUCGAGCGUUGCGGACUUUGAAUAUCAAAGUUGUUUAACAUCAGAAGGACAGCCAGGCAUUUGUAAAUUGUCCGGGUUCUGUUCGUGGUCAAGCGCUGGGCAGCCGCUGCCUCCUCCAGACAAGACGACUGCUGGGGAAGUGGGCGGUCGUUACAAUUGCGGUUCCACGGAUGGUCAGCAUCAAAGAAUGGUGUGCUGUCCGCCUGACGAAUCCACGGUCCUAUUCCCCGACAGUAUUGACGUCAACCCAUUCGAAAGUAGCACCCGAAAUGACACAGUUGCAAUGCCCAGAAUAGCCGUUGUAGAAGAUGAGAAUUCGGCCGACAGUCUUCAUACAUGGCCCGGUGAUUCCACUGAAAACAUAAUCUGGCCCCGAUUACCUAGAAAUUGCGGAAAAGUGCCCAUCGACGUCAUGCGAGCGCGAAUCGCCGGAGGCGUUGUAGCUCCGAAAGGUGCCUGGCCGUGGUUGGCACGUCUGGGAUACUGGGAUGGAACGGGCAUAACAUACAAUUGCGCUGGAGUUUUGAUAACCAAACAUCACGUCCUGACUGCAGCUCAUUGCGUCUACAACCGCCGUAACUUAAUAUUUGUGCGGUUGGGCGAUCACGGAACAACGGAAUAUGGGCCUCAAGAUUACUACAUCGAGCGUGUAACUGUGCAUCAACGCUACGUUAAGAGUGGGCGAGGAUCGAGUUACGACAUCGCAAUAAUCCGCUUAUCAGACUUUAUCCCUUUUACCAGUGAUAUUCAACCCAUUUGUCUACCGAUCGAUCGCCGUUGGGGUUCCCUGGACAUUGCAGGGAUUUCUGGUUAUGUAGCUGGAUGGGGUUCUACUUCUUACUAUGAACCGGCGUCCAGUGUUUUGAUGGAAGUUCAGCUGCCUGUUGUUUCACAGUCUAAAUGCGCCCGAGCUUAUCGAUCUCACAGCCAAUUGAGGAUUGACGGAACAGUUUUAUGCGCCGGCCUGGAUUCUGGAGGCAAAGAUGCGUGUCGGGGAGACUCAGGCGCCCCACUGAUGUUUCAAGUUGGGGAGAAAUUUGUCGUCGUCGGUCUGGUUUCUUUCGGUGUCCGAUGCGCGACGCCUGGAUAUCCUGGAGUCUACUCCCGCGUUUCUGUCUUUACCGACUGGAUACUGCAAAACAUCUCUCGGUGACUUUUAAGAGCAAACAAAAAACUUUCGUGCGUACGCUGGGACCCGAAAAUGAAGUGUUCAAUUUCAAUGGAAUAUAUGUAAAUGCUUGCCAAAUUUUACUACUAAUUUUUAAAGGAAAA